AUGUACAUGGACAUUAGAAUACCUUUGCCAAUUAAUUCCAAUCCUGGCAUGGUGUUCCCGCCCAAAAAAUUCACCACCGUUCAUGAUGUAGCUCGAUUUGCAGCACGCAUCAUUGAAGGAAUAAUGCAGCACAAAGAAAUGCUUGACACUGGCAACUUACAACAAGAACGUGCAACAUCACGUGAAAAAAAUCAACCUCUGUGCAUGGCACAAUACUAUCGAUUACUUGGUUCAUGCCGCAGACCAGGUAUUGAACGUGAUUCCCAAUAUUUGCCACAACCAAAUGCCGAUCAACAUAUCAUUGUAUUUUGUCGCAAUCAAAUGUACUGUGUGGUGCUUAAGGCCAGCGAUCGUGGCAAACUCUCCGAGAGCGAAAUAGCUUCACAGAUUCUAUUUGUUCUCAGUGAUGCGCCAUGUUUGCCGGCCAAGCCACCACCAAUCGGUCUAUUAACGGCUGAACCAAGAUCACGUUGGGCACAAGAUCGUGCCACAAUUUUAUUAGAAGAACGCAACCAACGAAAUAUUGAGCUCAUUGAAAAGGCUCUGAUAGUUUUAGCAUUGGAUGAACCUCUGGUGGAAACUUUUAAUGCCAGAGGUUUUACCGGUGCCACACCGCCUACACAUUUUGCCGGAAGUCGUGAUGAAACUAAUAUGGCGCAUGAGAUGAUUCAUGGUGGUGGAAGUGAAUUUAAUUCAGCAAAUAGAUGGUUUGACAAGACUAUGCAAAUUAUUAUCUGUACUGAUGGAACCUGGGGAUUGUGUUAUGAGCAUUCUCCGUCGGAGGGCAUUGCUGUUGUUCAGUUACUGGAGAAAAUCUAUAAGAAUAUACUUGCAAUGGGCGAUGCUGAUGAUAGUGUGCCACAACAUCAUUUGCCUCCGCCGGAACGACUUGAGUGGGAGGUGGCCCCAGAAAUUUCACAACGGAUGUCACUGGCUGCCAUUACUGUCGAUAAAGCCAUUGAUAACUUGGACUUUUAUGUUUACCGUUACAAAGGCUAUGGGAAAAGCUUUAUAAAAUCAUGUCAAGUAAGCCCCGAUGUCUACAUCCAAUUAUCACUGCAGCUUGCGUAUUUCAAACUUUACGGCCACUUGGUAGCAACAUACGAGAGUGCUUCAACAAGAAGAUUUUUACUGGGUAGAGUGGAUUGCAUUCGCUCAGCCAGUACUGAAGCUUUAGAAUGGGCAAAAGCAAUGUGUCAAGGCGAAGGCCCUAAUGUUGCACUAGAAAGUGACCGCGAAGAAGAAGAAGAUUCACGCAAAGUAACAUUUAGCAUUUAUAGCAAAGAUAAAUUGCGUGAACUCUUCCGAUGCGCUGUAGCUCGCCAAACAGAAGUGAUGGUACAAAAUAUCUUGGGACAUGGAAUUGACAUCCCAUUAUUGGGAUUACGUGAAGCCAGCCGAGAACAAACCGGCUCCUUGCAUGAACUCUUCACUGACGAAAGCUACCAAAUUGCCAAUUGUUUUCUUUUAUCAACCAGUCAGGUAUAA